AAUUGGCUCUGAUGUGUUGGCCAAGUCAGGCUAAUGCAUUAUGAAAGCUUCCCUGGCUCGGCUUAUCAUCCGACAGCGCUUGCUGCUUUACACCUCCGUAACCCGUUCUGUACAUGCUGAGAGCCUUAGCGAAAGCCCAGUUGACAUCUACAGACUGCUGGGUGAUAGAGAGGAGAACAAGGGAGCAAGGGAGCUGUGGCAGAAAAAGGUAGAAAGACACAGAGAAAGAAUUGCUGUCACCAGACUAACUGUCAUCAGGAAGAAUCACAGAGACACUUCUAGGAUGAAGCCCAGGUGCCUCCUCUCCACGGUGGACAGACUUCCCACCAUCAGUGAGAUGCAGGAGAGCAACGCAGAGGACGAAGACCAGGAUUGUUCCACACACACCAUGGAGAAGUAUGUGGACUUCAUUAGAGAGCUCUCCCAGCCGGCUCCCUACCCUCUCCAUGGACCCCUCAGGGGGCACCGCCGCUGGACGGUACACACAUGCCCUGGGGUUACGCCUUCAUCUACCUACGCACCCUGGGUUCCAGUUGAACUCUCAGAUAUAUCACUUACUUUAACUGACCAACGAAACUGCGACUCAUCACUACGUUUUAACCACAACCUGUUGGACUUGUUGGUUGCACAAUCCCUGUUUGCAGGCCUGGUUUGAGCCAAAAGAAGGAUUAAUGGGGGGAACUGAUAACCUCCACCACUGGAUGUACUCAGUUACCCCUGCAGCAUGCAUGCUUUGACAUCAGCUCCAUGUUGUGUGAUUAAUUUAUGUGUAAGAAGUAGUUGAGUAAAGCCACUUUCCAAAAGUAAUAUAUAUUUCCUUUGAAGUGCUAAAUUUUUUGUUUCAUAUGUUGCAUAUGAAACAAAAGAUGAAAAGGGAAAAAUAUCAAGGGCAGACAAAUGAGCAGCCGGAGGUGUGAGCAAACUAAGUGGUUGCGUAGAGGCCCUCAGCCACCAGGGGGCCCCAAAAAACGGAAAUUGAUAACUCACUUUGGGUUUUGGGUCCCGACGAUUUCAAUAUAUUUAAGGAUACACUCCCUGAUUUUUUAUAUGAGACUCAUCUGAGGGCCCAAAUAUGGAAGAUGUAAAAUGACAUGAUAAAAGUUGGGUGGAGGUGCCCGGGUUAACUCAGUUGGUAGAGCAGGUGCGCAUUCAUAGAGGUUAACUUCUCAACAUCAGCCCUUGGCUGCAUGUCAUUCCCCUAUUUCUCCCCUUUCAUCUGUCCUGUGAAAAUAAAGGACUAAAAAUGCCGAAAAUACCUAAAAAAAAAAAAAUGAAAUAAAGAAAAGUUGUGUGGAGAUCCCAAAAAUGUCUCUUUGGGAUCUGGAUCUUUCUUUUAUUAUUCACAAAUGCUUUGUCUUCAAAUGCUACUGAGAGACCAACAACGAAGGCAGAUCUAGAAAUGACUACCAAAAGGUGGAAUCACAUGUUAGGUAAAUCCUUUUUAUGUCAAAAGGAAAAAAAAUUGUAAAUAUUUUUUUUUAUUAUGACCAGACUUUUCCAUGCUGUAAUACCUAUAACAAUGUGUAUUGUAUUUCAAUUUGUCUCUUUUGUUAAUUUGUUUUGAUCAAGGCAUUUUUUCAUCUUGGGCUAGCCCUGGAGAUGAGAUGAAUGAAGCAAUAAUGCACCUUCAUGAUCCCUGCACUGUGCAAAUGUGCAGUACUGUGCUGUACAGAAGUUUCAGUUCUAGUUUGUGUCUUUAAAAAACAUUUUGUUCAAUAUUAAAUAAAACAAUGGUGAGAAAGACA